CUAGAGCGACCGGAAGUGGCCCCGCGCCCGGCCUUGGGUGAUUUGCUAGUUUCGGAGACUGUGCUCCUACAGAAACAGUCGCCAGCUCUAGCACAGCCCUGGACGGCCUGGGCCCAGGAUGGCGAGAGAGUCCCAGGAGGGCCCCGCGCUGGGCGCGCGAUCCGCGGACGAUCCGACGGGCAUCCUGCGCGUCAAGGGGGAGCCGGAGGGGAGCGCGGGCCUGGAGGAGGCGGCCGCGGCGCCCGGCUGCAGCCCCGUGCCCGGCCCCGAGCACUCCCGCCGGCGCUUCCGAGCCUUCCGCUACCCCGACGCCCGGGGCCCCCGCCAGGCGCUGGGGCGGCUCCGCGAGCUCUGCCGGCGCUGGCUGCGGCCCGACGUGCACAGCAAGGAGCAGAUGCUGGAGCUGCUGGUGCUGGAGCAGUUCCUCAGCAUCCUGCCCGCCCAGCUGCAGGCCCGGGUGCGCGCGCGGCAGCCGGCCAGCGGCGAGGACGCGGUGCGGCUGCUGGAGGCCUGGGAGCGGCCGCUGGACGCGCGGAGGCCGCAGGGGCUGAAAGUGGAAGCCGUGGCCCGGACCCUCUCCCCUGGAUGGAGGCAGCAGGAGCCGUCUCUGGUGAACGCCCGAGUGGAGAGGCAGAAGCACAGCAGUCUCAUCUCCCCAGGUGAAGUAAUGCUGACUGAGAUCAGGGACAUGCCCCUGGAUGAGGAACUUCCAGAAAUGGAGAAUGCGCAGAAAGCAGGCUGCCUGGGCGACGACACUGUCCAGAUUUCUCCCUGCUUAGAGACUGGGGAGCUAGAGAGUGGGUUACAAAGAAAGCAGAGAAAUGCCACAGGGAGUAGGAGGUACUAUUGUCACGAGUGUGGAAAGAGUUUUGCUCAGAGCUCAGGCCUAAGCAAGCACAGGAGGAUCCAUUCAGGGGAGAAACCCUUUGAAUGCGAGGACUGUGGGAAAGCCUUCAUCGGGAGCUCGGCCCUCAUCAUCCACCAGCGAGUCCACACGGGGGAGAAACCGUAUGAAUGUGAAGAGUGCGGCAAGGCCUUCGGUCACAGCUCAGACCUCAUCAAACACCAGAGAACUCACACUGGCGAGAGACCCUAUGAGUGUGAGAACUGUGGGAAGACUUUCAGCCAGAGCUGCAGCCUCCUUGAACAUCACAGAAUCCACACAGGGGAAAAGCCAUAUAGCUGCACCAUGUGUGGGAAAGCCUUCCGGCGGAAUUCCCAUCUCCUCAGGCACCAGAGGAUCCAUGGGGAUAAAAAUGCCCAGAAUCCUAAACCUGGAGAGACCAGGCAGAGCCAGGGGAGGAGGGAAAGCCAGUGGGAAAACUUCGAGGCACCUGUGACCUACAAGUGUAGCUUCUGUGGGAGAAGCUUCAGGCAGAACAGUAGCCUUCUGGAACACCAGAAAAUCCACACAGGCGAGAAGCCCUAUCAGUGUGAUGCCUGUGGGAAGGGCUUCACCCGAACUUCGUACCUUAUCCAACAUCAGAGAAGCCAUGGUAGAAAAAAUAUUCUCUCAGUGACUCAUGACUUAUCUGUGGAAGUUGGCGCUAGUUCCUCAUUGAACGGAAGCCCGCCUGGAGCCCUUGCCGAUGCGGAAAUCAUGUCUGGGGUCUAA